CAUUGUGUUGUGUAUACGAAGAAUUCGAUGCAAUGUUGUACGAACCUGUUGAUCAUCUAUGUAAAUUAACGAUCGUUUACCAUUGUGCAAUGUCGUGAUAGUUGUUAUAGUGAUGAAACCUGUGCCUUAAUUAUUAAGUGCCUUAGUAAAGUCGAAGUGUCUUAUGUUAGGACUAUGGGUUUGACAAGCUCAAAACAUGAGCAAGAGUCACCGCCGGUCUCUGAAAUAGUUGCAAUAGCUCCUAAGCCGCAGCAUCAUGUCCGUCAGGCUAGUAUACGGAGUAGAUCGGCUCAGCCGAUGCCAGAUACUGCUGAAUUGGAUAGGAGAUUUACUAAAGUUUUGGCCUCAAUGGAUUUACCACCAGACAAAGCAAAAUUGCUUAAAAACUAUGAUGAUGAGAAGAAGUGGGAUAUUAUCUGUGAUCAGGACAUGGUGCACGCGAAGGAUCCGCCUUCGUACUAUUUGCGAAAGCUACGGACUUAUCUGGAUCCUAAAGCAUCAAGGAGUCACAGAAAACGAAAAAUGGUCAUGGAAUCGACAUCUACACAAGUCCUGAGGGAUUUAGAAAUAUCCCUAAGGACUAAUCAUAUAGAAUGGGUCCGGGAAUUUCUAGAUGAUCGAAAUCGUGGUCUAGAUGCGUUAGUUGAUUAUCUAGGUUUUCGCCUAGGAAUGAUGAGGCAUGAAAGGCGUCCGCAGCAGGGAGAUUCCAGAACUGCUUCUGAGGAACGAUUAGCAGCAGGAAAUUGCUCUUUAUCAUCUGCGAUGGACGGCACAAUGUCACAUCACGGAAAUGGAACGAUAACUUCAUUGAGUCCUUCAGGCACGAUGUCUUCUCGUGGUACCUAUAGGCCAUCGUUAGCCACCAUCGCUGAUAGCCCUGGUGUCAAACGGCGCUCAAGACACGCUCAGCGCCUAAACAUGGGCGCUGCGACGGAUGAUAUACAUGUUUGUAUAAUGUGCUUGAGAGCUAUAAUGAAUAACAAGUAUGGCUUUAACAUGGUUAUACAACAUCAAGAAGCGAUAAAUAGUAUUGCGCAGUCUUUGGCUCAUCGAUCAUUGAGAACGAAAGCGCUGGCUUUAGAGCUUUUGGCCGCGAUUUGCCUGGUAAAAGGAGGUCAUCGAAUUAUUCUAGGAGCUUUUGAUGCUUUUAAAGAAGCUAGACGUGAACCAGCUCGAUUUGUCACUUUAAUGGACUAUUUUGUGAAUUAUGAGACAUUCCAUAUAGAAUUUAUGGUGGCCUGUAUGCAAUUUGUGAACGUGGUAGUCCACUCUGUUGAUGAUAUGAACUUUCGAGUUCAUCUACAAUAUGAAUUUACUGCCUUAGGAUUAGAUGAACAUUUGGAGCGUUUAAGAGUUAUUGAGAGUGAGGAAUUACAAACUCAAAUUUCUGCUUAUUUGGACAACGUUUUUGAUGUAGCGGCUCUUGUCGAAGACAGCGUAACUAAAACUGCUGCUUUGGAAAGGGUCGGAGAACUUGAGGACGAAUUGGCUCAUUGUCACGAUCGUAUGUCAGAUCUGGAACAUGAAUCUCUAUGUAAAAUAGCAGAGCUGGAACGCGCCAUUCAGACCCUGCGCCAAGAACGCGACCAGGCCAUACAGCAAGCGCGGCAACAUGGUGAAGAAGUGGCCACUCUAAGGAGGGAUGCUAAACAAAUGAGGGAAAAUGAAAGAAAAUUGAGGGAUCGUGGAAGUGGCGAUACAUCCUCCACAGCACCAGAUUCGACAUCCGGUGGUAGCACAAUACCCAUUCCUCCUCCAGCACCUCCAGCGCCACCGCCGCCACCACCACCUGUAUGCGCUGCUCCUCCUCCCCCACCGUUUUGCCCUCCUCCGCCUGCACCACCGAGUCUAUUGUCAUCGUCCUGCCCUCCGCCACCAGCACCACCAGGGAUGAUGCCAGCGCCAGACGGAGCCAUGACAAUUAAAAGGAAGGUGCAAACAAAAUACAAGCUUCCGACGCUCAAUUGGAUUGCUUUGAAACCAAACCAGGUUCGAGGAACAAUAUUCAAUGAGCUGGAUGAUGAUAAAAUAAUCAGUUACAUAGACUUUACUGACUUUGAAGAACGGUUUAAACUUGGCCCUAGCUUGAAUGGAACAUUGCUGAAUGGCCACAGUGAUACAGAUGGAUUAUCUACAUUCCCCAGUAAAAGGUUUAAGAAACCUGAAAGCAUUUCUUUACUGGAGCAUACUAGGCUGAGAAAUAUAGCUAUAUCUAGAAGAAAAUUAGAAAUGCCAGUGGAGAAAGUAAUAGCAGCAAUAAAUUCAUUAGAUCUUAAACAAUUGCCUUUGGAUAAUGUAGAAUUACUGCAAAGGAUGGUCCCAACAGAAACAGAAGCAAAAGCUUAUCGUGAAUAUCAAAAUGAAAAGAAAAAUAUUUCUCAACUUACAGACGAAGAUAAAUUUUUAUUGAAUCUAACUAAAGUUGAACGAAUUACUGCCAAAUUGAACAUCAUGAAUUAUAUAGGAAACUUCUUUGAUAACGUACAUUUGGUAACUCCUCAAAUCCAUGCUGUGAUAUCUGGUUCUGCCUCCGUGAAGAGUUCGCAAAAAUUACGAAAAAUUCUUGAAAUCAUAUUAGCUUUUGGAAAUUAUUUGAAUAGUAGCAAACGUGGACCAGCAUAUGGAUUUAAAUUACAAUCCUUAGAUACUUUGCUUGAUACAAAAAGUGCCGACAAACGAAUUUGUUUGCUACAUUAUAUAACUUCAACAAUAAGACAAAAGUUUCCAGAAUUAUUGAACUUUGAAACUGAACUUUUAUAUAUAGAUAAAGCUGCUCAAGUAUCUUUGGAGAACAUAAAUGCAGAUAUGGAAAAUUUAGAAAAGGGUAUGGAACUUAUUCGUAAAGAAGCAGAACAAAGAUCUAAAAAUUCGGCAGGUCCGAACAUCAUACUCAAAGAUUUCUUACAAAAUUCUGAGGAUAAAUUAAGAAAACUUAAAGCUGAAGCAAAAACUGCACAAGAGAGUUUCAAAGAAUGUGUUGAAUAUUUUGGUGAAAGUCAUAGAACUGUAGAUGCAAACACAUUCUUUAAUUUAAUAGUAAGAUUUAUCAAAGCUUUCAAGACUGCUGAUCAAGAUAAUGAGCAGCGAAGAAGACUAGAAUUAGCGGCUUUAGAAGCUUUAAAUAAACCAAAUGAAGAAGUAAUCAAGAAAAACAAAAUUAAUCAGAAAAAGCAACAGGUUUUAAUUUUUUUUUUUAAAUUAAAAGAUGCUGUGAUCAAUGAACUAAAACAUAAGACGAAUCAAGUGAGAGAAAAGAAACUUUUGCAGCAGGAUGAGGUGUACAAUGGUGCCUUAGAAGAUAUUUUAUUAGGUUUAAAAAGUGAGCCUUAUCGACGUGCCGAUGCUGUUAGAAGAAGUCAAAGGAGAAAAAUAGAUAAUAGGUUAUCAAAAACUCUUGAAGAAUUAGAAUUUUAAUAUUAUAUAUUUUAGAAUUUUGUUUAAUAAUUGACUUAUAGAAAUAAGACAUAUUUAAGUUUAUAUUUACGUUAACUUAUGUUGUUUUUAUAGUCCUAUGUGUUUAUAUAAAUAUGUUUCCAGAAGUGUGGUGUUAUUUUUCAGGAAGGGAUAAUAUG